UUUUUUAUUUUUAUUCUUUUUUUUCUCCCCCUUCUAACAGAGACAGAUCUCAUGAAACCAGCUCAUUUUCUGGAGGGUUUUCUCCAGACAAAAAUUAUCCUUGGACAGAAAAAAGAUGGACACGUUUUAUUCUGGGGUGUUCUAAGACCAAGCAGAUUUUCAGACCAUGACCAGUUUGAAAAGGUCCCAGACUGAGAGGUCAGUUGCGAGCGGAGCUCAGCCCGCUGGGCCCGAUGGACCUCAAAAGGCCCGUUCUGAUGAUUUUUAUAUGAGACGUUUCAGGUCACAGAAUGGCAGUUUAGGUUCUUCUGCCAUGUCUCCCGUCGGGCCACCACGUAGCGAGAGCUCCCAUCAUAUAUCUGCCACUCCGGGUGUUCCCAAGAUGGGAGUAAGGGCUCGAAUUGCCGAUUGGCCUCCAAGGAAAGAAAACGUUAAAGAAAUGAGCAGAGCUAGUCAGGAUAUCGAGACCGCUAGUGUUGAUACCAUGUCGGUGAAAAGUAGCCCGAGUAGUCAAGUUAGUACAUCCAGUAUAAAUUCAAGUGAUUCCGCCAUGCUGAAGAGUAUCCAGAACACGCUGAAAAACAAAACGCGGCAGGCGGAAAGCUUAGACUCCAGGUACCUCUCUCCAGAAGGGUACACCAGUGGCAGUUCUCCUAGGAAGGUCCUUCGCAGAAUAAGGCAACGCAGUAACAGUGACAUUACAAUCAGCGAGUUUGACAUUGACAAUUUAGAAGAGUGCAUGUCUCCGACUUUCAAAUCUGGGCCAUCGUUGCAUAGGGAAUACGGCAGCACGUCGUCAAUUGACAAACAAGGAACCUCUGGGGAAAGUUUCUUCGACAUCAUAAAAGGAUACAAAAACGAGAAGUCUGAUCACCGGAGCCAUGCCCCUUCCAAGCUGAGCGAACUUCUUCUGAGCAGCGGAAACAGGGGCUCGGGGUUCUCGCUGGAUGUUAUAGAUGGCCAUAGAGACGGACACAGGGCUUUCAAAGACCGGGACAAGCCGCUCAAAAGACGCUCCAAAUCCGAGACCGGCGACUCUUCGAUUUUUCGUAAGCUGCGCAACGCAAAAGGCGAAGGAGAGCUUGGUAAAACAUGCGACAUCGACGACAGCCGUUCGGAGGACAGCAUCAGACCUUGGGCUUGCUCAAAAUGCUUUGCUCAUUACGACGUACAAAGUGUUCUGUUUGAUUUGAGCGAAGUUGUUAAUAAUCGGAAUAACGUCAACAAAAGGAGAAACACGACCACGGGCGCUUCUGCUGCGGCCGCCGCGUCUCUGGCCGCCGGGCCGUUAUCUCACUCGUCGAGCUUUAACUCUCCGACAGGUAGCACCGAGGACCUGAAUUCAAAGGAAAAUUUAAACGUGGACCAAGGUGACGACAAAAGCAAUGAUUUGGUGAUGAGCUGCCCUUACUUUCGUAAUGAGAUGGGUGGGGAGUCGGAGAGCAAAAUCAGUUUGUCAAAAUCCAAUUCCGGCUCGUUUUCCGGGUCCGAAAAUUCUUCUUUUGAGUCCACGAUGAGCUCACAUUGCGCAAACGCGGGGCUAGCCGUCCUCGAAGUCCCCAAGGAAAACCUUGUUUUGCACAUUGACCGGGCGAAAAGAUACAUUGUGGAACACGUGGACCUUGGUGCUUACUAUUUUAGGAAGUUCUUCUAUCAAAAAGAGCACUGGAACUAUUUUGGGUCGGAUGAAAAUCUAGGCCCCGUAGCUGUAAGCGUCCGAAGGGAAAAACUAGAAGACGCAAAGGAAAGCGGACCGCAGUACAAUUACCGUGUGAUCUUCAGAACCAGCGAGCUGAUGACGUUGCGAGGCUCUGUACUCGAAGAUGCCAUCCCAUCGACGGCUAAGCAUGCCACGGCCCGAGGACUGCCCCUGAAAGAGGUGCUUGAGCAUAUUGUCCCCGAGCUGAACGUGCAGUGCCUCCGCCUGGCCUUCAACACGCCAAAGGUCACCGAGCAGCUCCUGAAACUGGACGAGCAAGGGCUGAGUUACCAGUUGAAGGUGGGCAUCAUGUAUUGCAAGGCGGGCCAGAGCACAGAGGAGGAAAUGUACAACAAUGAGACGGCCGGACCAGCCUUUGAAGAGUUCCUCCAGCUCUUGGGAGAACGGGUGCGACUCAAAGGAUUCGAGAAGUACCGAGCUCAGCUGGAUACCAAAACUGAUUCGACCGGUACCCACUCCCUCUACACCACGUACAAAGACUACGAAAUAAUGUUCCAUGUUUCCACGAUGCUGCCGUACACGCCGAACAACAAGCAGCAGCUGCUGAGGAAGCGUCACAUCGGCAACGACAUUGUGACAAUAGUGUUUCAGGAGCCCGGAGCUCAGCCGUUCAGUCCCAAGAACAUCCGGUCUCAGUUUCAGCAUGUCUUCGUUAUUGUGAGGGCUCACAACCCGUGUACCGACUCGGUCUGCUACAGUGUCGCAGUCACGAGAUCCAGAGACGUUCCUGCCUUUGGGCCACCGAUCCCAAAAAGUUUUACUUUUCCAAAAUCGACAGUGUUUAGGGACUUCCUCUUAGCAAAGGUGAUUAAUGCGGAAAACGCUGCACACAAGUCGGAAAAGUUUUUAGCCAUGGCUACCAGAACCCACCAGGAAUAUCUGAAAGACCUGGCGGAGAAAAAUGUCACCAACACUUCGAUUGAUUCUUCGGGGAAGUUCCCGUUCAUCUCCUUGGCAUCCAAGAAGAAAGAGAAGUCGAAGCCGUACUCGGGGGCCGAGCUAUAUAGUCCCGGAGCCAUAGUGUGGAAUGUCCAAGUGGAGGACUUCGGCAAUGCUCUGGAGAUAGAGAGCCUGCUGUGCAUCUCUAACGAAAUACUGGCCCUGAUCGAACACGAAGCUAAAAGUGUCAUAUUUAACUGCUCGAGUCGGGACAUCAUAGGCUGGACCUCCAAUAACUCGACAAUUAAAAUUUUCUAUGAGAGAGGAGAGUGUAUUUUCAUCCGGAGUUUGAACGGUAAUGAGGACAUCAAAGAGAUUGUCAAGAGACUGGAGAUUAUUACAAAAGGAUGUGAGAGCGUGGAGAUGACUCUGAGAAGAAAUGGUCUGGGACAGCUUGGAUUCCAUGUGAAUUACGAAGGGAUUGUUGCCGAGGUGGAGCCGUACGGCUACGCUUGGCAAGCAGGCUUGAGGCAAGGAAGCCGGCUGGUGGAGAUAUGCAAAGUUGCAGUUGCCACCUUGAGCCACGAACAGAUGAUUGAUCUUCUGAGAACAUCAGUAACGGUUAAGGUGGUCAUCAUCCCGCCACACGAUGAUGGUAUUCCACGAAGAGGCUGCUCGGAAACCUACCGCAUGCCCACAGUGGAGUAUAAGAUGAACGAGGCCAUUCCAUACGAACUGAAAUUCCCAUUCAGGAACAAUAACAAAUGGCAGAGGAACGCAGCCAAAGGAGAAGCUGCUCAGCUCCGUCAAGUUCCCUCCCAGCUGCAGAGUCCGGUCUCGUCCAGGGUUUCAUCCAUGAAAGGAGAUGGGAAGAUGCAAACCCCCGAGCGUACCGCAAACAUCCCUAGAAGCAUAUCCAGUGAUGGGCGUCCGCUGGAGAGCAAGAGGUUUGCUGUUGGUCGUAGAUCGCCUGCGUCCAUCGACAGACAGAGCACCCAGACCGAUACCGCAGGCAGCGGCAAGUCCACUCCUAGCUGGCAGAGAAGUGAAGAUGGAGCUGUGGACCAAAUGGAGCCAACGUGUCACCUGCCGGCAGUGUCUAAGGUUCACCCGUCGUACCGAGACAGCCCCACCGGAAGACUCAUCCGUCAGGAUCCGGUUCUCCACCUCUCACCCCACAAGCAGGGGCAGACCGAUAGCCAUUACUCUAGUCACUCCAGUACCAACACGCUCUCCAGCAACGCGUCAAGUGCGCACAGCGAGGAGAAGUGGUAUGACAGCGGAGAGCGUCUGGAUCCUGAGCUCAACAGCUACCCCUACAUCCAAGGAACCUCCGCUGACAGCGGCAUAGACGCCACCUCUUACAAUACCAAUCACGUCAAUGCUGCCCCUGUUGGGACUUCUUCAACAUCUCCACGCUCAGGACCUCCAAAGGAGAAGGUGGCUCCUCUGUGGCACAGUGUUAGUGAUGUGGGUUUGAUGACUGACAGGGCCUGUGACAGAGACUCUCAUGGAUUAGAAGGCAAACGCGAGUCCCCUAUCACCAUGGAAAGCCUCGCCAAAGGCCAGAUCAGCUCCAAGCCAUUAACGAGAGAGAACAGCGCGUACAGUCUAAGCGACGCGGCGUCACACACUAGCACCAUGAGCUCUCGGCACUCAGCGAGUCCUGUUGUUUUCACUAGUGCCAGAAGUUCACCCAAGGAAGAAUCUCAUUCUGCCACUUCCCCACAGCUCGCCCCUUCUUUCUCCUCUUCCUCCUCCUCCUCCUCUGGUCCUAGGACUUUCUACCCUCGCCAGGGUGCUACCAGCAAGUACCUGAUUGGAUGGAAAAAACCUGAAGGGACAAUAAACUCUGUGGGCUUUAUGGACUCAAGAAAAAGGCAUCAAAUGGAUUGCACUGAGAUGCCUCCAGCAAGGUUACGUGCUUCGAUCAGAGACCUGCAGGCAUCUCCAAAGAGGCUGCCUACAGUCCAGGGCGAGUUUAAGGAACUCAUCGACCUGCAGAGCCCUCCCCACGGAUCAGACAAAGGCUUAAAGUCUCCUUUCCUCGCCACACCGACUACCAGACGAUCUCUGCACAGGACAUUAUCGGACGAAAGCCUAUAUAGCGGUCAACGUGACAUGGUCUACGUCAACACUCGCGCUUCGCUCUUGGACCAAGCGCUGCCCAACGAUGUCCUCUUCAGUAGCACCUAUCCGUCUCUGAACAAGUCCCUGGCCUUGCGCAGGCCAUCAUAUACUCUGGGUAUGAAGUCAGAUCACGGGGAGUUUUCGGCCUCCGAUACAUCGCUCACGGAUAUCCACGAUCAAAGCAGGCAACCUGUACCCAACCCUGGCCUCAUGCCCCUACCUGAUGCUGCUUCUGACCUGGAGUGGUCCAACUUGGUAGAUGCUGCUAAAGCCUUUGAAGUCCAAAGAGCCACGCUGUUUGCCCCUACUGACGAUGAACCCAGGCCGGGGAGCUCUGCCUCACUGGGGGACCCAGCCGAGGGCCAAACUGCUGUUCCAGCCAACUCGUAUUUCGGGAAAGAGUCUCCCACGACACUUGCUGCAAAAGUUGAACAGCUGGAGAAUAUGCUGAAGAUGCUUCAAUACGAUUUGAAAAAGGAAAAAGAGGACAAAGCCAAUCUCCAGGCCGAGAUACAACUCUUACGAGAAGACAAUCUGCGCUUACAAGAGGAAUCCCAGAACGCCUCGGCCAAACUAAAGAAGUUCACGGAAUGGGUUUUCAACACCAUAGACAUGAGUUAAAGGGCCGCUUUAUCCUUAGAUCGGAAAGAAGACAUGAACGUUCGCGUCUACUAUCAGUCAUUUGCAAGUAGUAGCUUUAACCGCAAAAUGUACAGAGUAAGAAGCCACAUGGGAACAAGACUCAUUUUUAUCUACGGGCGCGGAUUGAGCGUCAUCAUCGUCAUCAUCAUCAUCCUUUACUGGCGAUCUCUGCCGAAAUGUGAAUACUUCAGACUUAAACAUUGUACAGUUUACAGAGCAGCAAUUUGCCGAACCUCGCGGGAAAAUAUUAGUGUAAAAUAACAAUUCCUUUUUUUUU